AUGCCAGGUCAGGGUCCCGCCCCGUAUGAAGAGGAGAUCAAGAGGAACGGGUAUGCGACGUCUUAUGAGAGGCAGACGGUCUUUCUGACGGGCGCUACGGGUUCGUUGGGAGGAUGUAUCCUGUAUAAGCUGGCCACGCAGCUUCCGACGCGGAAGAUCUUUGUUUUGGUCCGUGGAUCAUCGGACCUGGCGGUGCAAAAAUGGAAGAAGACCAUGCCGGAUCAGACGCAGGCCAUUGUUAAUACGAAGAAGAUACAUUUCGUCAUUGGGGAUAUCCGGAAGCCGGACUUUGGGAUCGAGACUAAAGUGUUGGAGCAGUUACGUGAACAGGUCACGCUGGUCAUUCAUGCUGCUGCGAGGAUCAAGCUGGAUGCGAACAUAUCGGAAGCGCUUGAGAAUAACUGUCUGCCAGCGUUGGAGCUCGCUAGGAUCGCUUCACGGUUCCGUCGACUCAGGCUGUUCAUUCAGAUCUCCACUGCCUAUGUGAACAGUUUUCUGCCGGAUGGCUAUGUUGCGGAGCGACUGUACUCCAUUUCGGACGAAGACCCGGAGGAGGAAUUGGCAUCCAUCCAAGCCACUGGAUAUUCACCUCACACCGAUCGUUUCUCUUCAUCUUACACUCAGGCAAAACAUCUCAUGGAGCGUCUGACCUUCAAGCGAUAUCCGACGUUGCCAGUGUUAUUUGUCCGACCCACCAUCUUUGGCCCGGCCGUCAGAGAUCCCUACCCGCUGUAUGGACCCGAAGACUCAACGCCCUUGAGCAAGUUCUCUACUUUAUAUUUCCAAGACCAAGGAGGUACGCAGAUCUGGCACGCUGCUGAGGGUUAUAACAGUGGUGCAAAUAUAUUGGAUGAGAUUCCCGUUGAUUUUGUCGCCAAUGCAUGUCUUUUGCAUGCAGCGGCAGGAACGCGUGGGAUAGUUCAAGUUGGAUCUCAACUAUAUGUGCGGGUUACUUUCGACGAGGUCCUGGCAAUAUGCAAGGCAAAUGCCCCAGAAGAGCUUCGGAACGAGUUACCAACGAUCAUUUUUGUGCAAGAUCGGAACACCCCUCAGCAUAUCCUGGCAGAGCUAGUCAAGGUGGGCACACGCAACUGGUUAUUUGACUGCGGGCGAUCAUAUUGGCUGAAGCAAGUCGGGGGUCCUUUGAGCUUGGCUGUAUGUCAACAUGACUCGGAUAGGCUUGCCUCAGCACGGACCAAGGUGGCUUAUGAGAAGGUGCUGAGAAGAAUGGGGAAGCUUUAGGAACUGUGGAUAUCUUCGGAUCGUCGUUUGCAUUGGUGGUAUUUGAGCCGAUCACAUGUCCGUGGUUCGUUCAAUUUGUGAUGAUAGAGCCGAAUGCAUAUAUACGCUGACAGUGCUCAAUAUGAUG